AAAUGUCUUUCCUUUCUCAACGAUUCGACAAUCUAAGAACAUCUGACAACAAGGAAAACCGUACUAAUAGUUCUGGCCAAAAGAUUUUAAAGUCACAUGACGAAAACGUGUCGCCUACCAAACUGACCACUGUUGAGAAAUCUGUGCAAGUGAGAGAUAGUGACCAGAAUGAACCCCUGCUUCGCCCUAACCCCAGCCGAUUUGUGCUAUUCCCCAUCCAGUACCGUGAUAUCUGGCAAAUGUACAAAAAAGCAGAAGCUUCUUUUUGGACUGCUGAAGAAGUUGAUCUUUCAAAGGAUCUGAAAGAUUGGGAUAAUCUCCAGCCUAAUGAGAGACACUUUGUGUCUCAUGUACUUGCCUUUUUUGCUGCUUCUGAUGGUAUUGUCAAUGAAAAUCUUGUUGAAAGGUUUGCUCAAGAAGUCCAGGUUCCUGAAGCUCGCUGUUUCUACGGUUUCCAAAUUGCCAUGGAAAAUAUCCACUCAGAAAUGUACAGCCUGCUCAUUGAAACUUACAUCAAGGAUUCCUCUGAGAGGACAAGACUUUUCAAUGCUGUAGAGACAAUGCCUUGCAUUGCUAAGAAAGCUGAAUGGGCAAUGAAGUGGAUUGGCAAUAAAGAUGCACCUUACAGUGAAAGAAUUGUUGCUUUUGCCGCAGUGGAAGGAAUUUUCUUCUCUGGAUCCUUUGCAGCUAUCUUUUGGCUUAAAAAACGAGGGUUGAUGCCUGGCUUGACCUUCUCAAAUGAACUGAUCUCAAGAGAUGAGGGUUUGCAUACUGAUUUCGCGUGCGUCAUGUUCAAACACUUGGUCAACAAGCCUCCAAAGGAACGUAUCAUAGAGAUCAUCAACAAUGCUGUCAAGAUCGAACAAGAAUUCCUCACAGACGCACUUCCCGUUGAGAUGAUUGGAAUGAACUGCCGAUUAAUGCGACAGUACAUCGAAUUCGUCGCUGAUCGUCUCCUGUUGGAAUUAGGAUGCACAAAGAUGUUCAACGUGGAAAAUCCCUUCGAUUUUAUGGAGCACAUUUCGCUGGAGGGUAAAACAAAUUUCUUUGAGAAAAAAGUAGGUGAAUACCAGAAGGCUGGAGUGAUGAACAGCAAGGGUAAUAGUGCACACGUUUUCACCCUCGAUGAAGACUUUUGAUUCUGGCGGCAAUAUCGACCAAGGAUAAUUUACACAAAUAGAUUUUUUUUUAACGAAAUGCAUUACAUCCCCGUUCCAAAUUUUACUUUAAAUAUCCGCUCUCAGUCUCGCCGAGUUCAGUAGCAUUUUGGAAAAUCAUACUGUGGUGCUGCCAAUUGUUCAUGUCUGUUUCUAAUAAUACAAUCUUGACGUAUUAAACAAAA